AUGGCUAACUAAACUCAAAAAAUAUAAUACGAUUAAAAUUAUUAAGUAGUGAAUGAAAACAAUUCUGAUUUACCUAUAAUGGCCUUCCUAAACAGAUAAAAUAAAUAAAGAGUAAAAAAACACUUAAAUAGUAAACAAUAUGAUCAAUAAGUAAAUUUGUAUAUUUAUUUAUAGAAUUGUGAAUUUUAAGUUGAGGUUAUAAAUUACAAAACUAUAGAAAAGUAAUUUACUAUCUACUAAAUUAAAGUGAUAUAUGGUUCACUUUAUUGGGUAUUCUAAACAAGGUAUAGUUUGUUAGAGGAUUUAAAUUCCAAACUAAAUAAAUAGAUAGUUUAACGAUUAGAAAAGUUUCCUGAGAAACGAAUUUUUGGGAAUUUAGAUUAAUAAUUUAUACUUAAACGUAAAGUAUAAAUAGACUUAUACCUUAAAGUAAAUAUUAGUAUAUUAAAUAUAGAGUUUGUUUAAAUAAGGAAGGAAUGAAAAAGCAGUUAAAGAAUUCAUUAAAUAAUCAUAAAAAGCUGCUAUAGAAAUAAAUGAUCCAUGUGAAUUGAAACAUUUUAAAUUAGACUCUUGA